AUGAGCGGUAGAAACAGUUUUAAUUACCUAUUUGCAAAACGUAUUGCUCAUCUUCUUCAUAUUUUCUUACCACUCUCUCGUCUUUCAUUAAAUUCUUAUAAGGAGGGUAUCUAUGCACAUCCAUUGGUACUUAUUUUUCUACUAUUAGCCAACGAGAUCGGUCUCCAGUUUGUGAUCUAUUUCGUCGGCUUACUUCCAUCGCAAUUCUAUGUUGAAUUGAUCAAAGCACCUGACCAACGAAACUUUUCUCUGUUUCGUUGGUUAGUUAUUCGAGCAUUCGGUCUAGUUAUUUUAAAUGCAUUUUUCAAAUCUUUGUCAACGUUUCUCUCAUCGGUACUCUAUGUCAAAUGGCGAAUGAGACUUGUUCUUUAUCUACAUUCCAUUUAUUUCACUAAACAACGAUAUUAUCAUUUAUUGAAUACAACACAACAGAACCACAAUCGAUCGGAUCAUGAUCAAGCAAGCGUCUAUGAAAAUCAGACAGUACAAACUACUGAUAUCGAUGACAAUGAUGACGAAUCUGUUGAUGGUAUUUCUCCGACUACUCCUCGUCUAUUAUCCACAACGAAGCCAUUGAUUGAUAAUCCCGAUCAACGUAUAACUCAAGAUGCUGAUGCUCUAUGCCGAUCUCUAUCUGUUAUUCUUCCAAUCGUUCUUAUCUCUCCAUUUACUAUUGUCUACUACACAUAUCGCACAUGGGAAGUAACAGGUUACUAUGGUCCAUUAGUUAUCGUGCUCUACUUUGUGAUUUGGACAGCGAUCAACAAAAUCUUUUUAUCAGCCGUGUCUCGAACAAUCUUCUCUCAAAAUAUUUUCGAAGGUACUUUCCGUUUUCUUCACACUCAAGUGCGAACAUAUAAUGAAUCGAUUGCAUUUUACAAUGGCGGAGCAUUUGAACACAAACGAUUCGAUAAUUAUUUUCUACAAAGUCUUACACCAAUUCUUUACCGCCGAAAUUUCCAAGAACUUUCCCUUAAUUUAUCCAUGAAUCUAUUCGAUUAUAUCGGAAGUAUUUUAAGUUAUCUUCUAUUAGCAUUAGUGAUCUUUGUCUUUCAUUUUUACGAUAAUUUGUCCCCGGCGGCUUUAGUGGAUAAGAUUAGUAAAACGUCGUUUAUGAUUAUGUAUUUGAUAUACCGUUUUAGUCAACUGAAUGAUUUAACUGAUCGCGUCACAGUCAUCGCUGCGAAUACACAUCGUGUGCAAACAUUUGUUGAGUUUAUGAAAAAUAUCGAUACAACAUGGGCAGAGAAAUCCAUCAAUCCGAUCAAUCAACAGAAUGAGAUUCUUUCGAUAAAAAACCUUUCGUAUUCGAUUCCAAACAAACCUAAACAUGUUCUUAUGAAAAAUUUGAAUUUAAUUCUAUAUCAAGGCCAACGAUUGCUCAUCACAGGUGAUAGUGGAGUUGGAAAAACCUCCCUUUUCCGUAUUCUCCACUCCAUAUGGCCGGUAAACAUCCAUGGUGAUUUUUCUUACAACCCAUCUCGUGCCUUUUUACUUCCACAACGUCCGUAUUUCACCAAUCAAUCCAUUCACGAUGAACUUGAAUAUCCGAAUGUGGAGAACGUCCCACUGAUCGCGCGUCAGACAGAAAUUGAACAACUCCUUCAUGACUGGAAUCUUUCUCAUAUUCUCGAUAGUGUAGAAUGCAGUGUAUUUGUGUGUCCAAAAUAUCCUUGGCAAGAUAUCUUAUCGCCCGGUGAAUUACAACGUCUAUCUUUUUUACGAUUGAUUCUUCGUCUUUCGGCUGAUUCAUCGAACCUUAGUCUUAUUUUUCUUGAUGAAAUCACCUCGUCACUUGAUGCACAGAUGGAAACGAAAAUGUACAAUUAUUUGAUCGAAAAAAACUUGACUCUCAUCAGUAUUGGCCAUCGGGAUAGUCUUCGACAAUAUCAUCAAAUCAAAUUGAUAUUAUUUAAGAAUGGCCGAUAUGUGCUCGAAAAUCUUCCCUUAAUAAAUUAA